AUGAGCGAUUCGGAGGAAGAAGAUACUGGUACCAUCAGAGACCACUCUCGAGAGCUUACUGCUAGUAACAACGACACUUCUUCUGCCUACUAUGCACCACAUCCCGCAACUAGGGCCAAUACAGUCAGCCGGAAUGUCCUCGAGUAUGCCAAAAGACUUGGAGUCAAAGCGAAGCUUCAUGCUGAGCAGCAAGAGAAGCUCAAUUCUUUUGCUGCGGACCCUCCGGCCACGUGA